AUGAGGGAGCCGGAAGAGCUGAUGCCCGAUUCGGGUGCUGUGUUUACAUUUGGGAAAAGUAAAUUUGCUGAAAAUAAUCCCGGUAAAUUCUGGUUUAAAAAUGAUGUCCCUGUACAUCUUUCAUGUGGAGAUGAACAUUCUGCUGUUGUUACCAGAAAUAAUAAACUUUACAUGUUUGGCAGUAACAACUGGGGUCAGUUAGGAUUAGGAUCAAAGUCAGCUGUCAGCAAACCAACAUGUGUCAAAGCUCUAAAACCUGAAAAAGUGAAAUUAGCUGCCUGUGGAAGGAACCACAUCCUGGUGUCAACAGAAGGAGGCAAUGUAUAUGCAACUGGUGGAAAUAAUGAAGGACAGUUGGGGCUUGGUGACACUGAAGAAAGAAACACUUUUCAUGUAAUUAGCUUUUUUACAUCCGAGCAUAAGAUUAAACAGCUGUCUGCUGGAUCUAAUACUUCAGCUGCCGUAACUGAGGAUGGAAGACUUUUUAUGUGGGGUAAAAAUUCCGAAGGGCAAAUUGGUUUAAAAAAUGUGCCUAAUGUCUGUGUCCCUCAGCAAGUGACCAUUGGGAAACCUGUCUCUUGGAUCUCUUGUGGAUAUUACCAUUCAGCUUUUGUAACAACAGAUGGUGAGCUAUAUGUGUUUGGAGAACCUGAGAAUGGGAAGUUAGGUCUUCCCAGUCAGCUCCUGGGCAAUCACAGAACACCCCAGCUGGUGUCUGAAAUUCCUGAGAAGGUGAUCCAAGUAGCUCGUGGCGGAGAGCAUACUGUGGUUCUCACGGAGAAUGCUGUGUAUACCUUUGGGCUGGGACAAUUUGGUCAGCUGGGUCUUGGCACUUUUCUUUUUGAAACUUCAGAACCCAAAGUCAUCGAGAAUAUUAGGGAUCAAACAAUAAGUUAUAUUUCUUGCGGAGAAAAUCACACAGCUUUGAUAAGAGAUAUCGGCCUUAUGUAUACUUUUGGAAAUAGUCGCCACGGAAAAUUAGGACUUGGACUGGAGAAUUUUACCAAUCACUUCAUUCCUACUUUGUGCUCUGAUUUUUUGAGGUUUAUAGUUAAAUUGGUUGCUUGUGGUGGAUGUCACAUGGUAGUUUUUGCUGCCCCUCAUCGUGGUGUGGCAAAAGAAAUUGAAUUCAAUGAAAUAAAUGAUACUUGCUUAUCUGUGGCGACUUUUCUGCCGUAUAGCAGUUUAACCUCAGGAAAUGUACUGCAGAGAACUCUAUCAGCACGUAUGCGGCGAAGAGAGAGGGAGAGGUCUCCAGAUUCUUUUUCAAUGAAGAGAACACUACCUCCAAUAGAACGGACUCUUGGCCUUUCUGCUUAUUUUCCCCCCAAUUCAGUCUUUCCACGAUGUUCUGAGAGUAACCUCCAAGAGAGUGUCUUAUCUGAACAGGACCUCAUGCAGCCAGAGGAACCAGGUUAUUUGCUAGAUGAAACGACCAAAGAGCCAGAGAUAGAUAAUUCUUCAAUCGUAGAAAGCCUUGGAGAAACUACUGAUAUCUUAAACAUGACACACAUCAUAAGCAUGAAUUCCAAUGAAAAGUUAUUAAAAUUAUCACCAGUUCAGAAACAAAAGGAUCGUGAAUUUUCUAAAACUGAGGAACUAAAACUAGAAGAUGUGGAUGAGGAAAUUAACGCUGAAAAUCUGGAAAGCAAGAAGAAAACUGUGGGAGACGAUGAAAGUGUUCCUACAGGUUACCACAGUAAAACAGAAGGAUCAGAAAGAACCAAUGAUGAUAGCUCAGCUGAAACUAUUGAAAAGAAAGAAAAAGCCAACCUAGAGGAAUGGACCAUUUGUGAGUACAAUGAAAACCCAAAAGGAUACAUGCUUGAUGAUGCAGAUAGCAGUUCAUUAGAAAUCCUAGAAAAUAGUGAAACAACACCAAGCAAAGACAUGAAAAAAACAAAGAAUAUUUUUCUGUUCAAAAGAGUCCCCUCAAUAAAUCAAAAGAUUGUCAAGAAUAACAAUGAGCCACUCCCAGAGGUAAAAUCCAUGGGAGAGCAGAUCAUUUUAAAAAGCGAUAAUAAAGAUGCCGACCAGAACCACGUGAGUCAGAAUCAUCAGAAUAUCCCACCAGCAAAUACAGAGAGAAGAUCAAAAUCCUGUACAAUACUGUAA